AUGAGUGAUACCAAGGCAGGAUCGAGACUAGCUGGAAAGGUCGUCAUCAUCACAGGCGGAGGACAUGGCUUCGGUGAGGGCAUCGCCAAUAAAUUUGCGCAAGAAGGAGCCAAAGUUCUCAUUACCGACAUCAAUGAGAGCGACGGGCAAAGAGUAGCGCAAAGCGCACCCGGUUCGAUUUCCUUUUUCAAAGCAGACGUCACAAGUGCCGAGGACUGGGAGAAGUUGAUGGAUGCCGCACAAUCGCGCUACGGACGAAUCGACUGUCUCGUGAAUAACGCCGGCACGACUUAUAGGAACAAGCCUACGGUUGAGGUAACGGAGAGCGAGUUCGACAGGGUCUUUAACGUCAACGUAAAGGGCAUCUUCCUCGGCACCGCGGCGUUCAUGCCGAGAGUCAUCAAGCAAGGGGAAGGCGGCGUGAUGCUCAACAUCUCCUCGAUUGGAGCUCUGCGCCCCCGGCCAGGCCUUGUGUGGUACAAUGCCUCCAAGGGAGCCGUCUGCAACGUAAGUGGAGGAUUCGAAUCCUUCAUUGGUAUGAAGGACACGCCGGAGAAUCGUCAAAAGUUCAUCGGAAACGUCCCCUUGCAAAGAUUAGGCGAGAUUGAAGAUGUAGUAGAUGCCUCUGUAUUCCUGGUUUCGGACGAGAGCAAGUUUAUCACUGGUGUCAACUUGGAGGUCGAUGGUGGUAGAGCUAUUUGA